CUUGCAUCGCAAUUUCCUUGCAGAGGGGCCGGCGCUGAUCCCCAUCUUGGCCGAGGACGAUUGAAGAGGGACGGACGCAAGAUGGGCAUUCUCGACGGUAUCUGGGCCUCCAUGAGCGGUCCCGCGCGGCAAGCCACCGUCUCGUUCGCUUCCGUGGCCAAGAGCGACGACGAGCCUGACCUGUACGAAGAAGACGGCGACUUCAACUCGGCGUGGCGCUACUAUGACAGCGCGCUUGCGACAGCGGCAGAAGCAGAGCGGGCGCUGACCUCGACGCCGGUCCAGAGCUUUGUGCUAUGGAACGAUCGAACCGACGAAGCCAAUACGCUCUUCUUGACGAUGCACGUUGAGCCGCUGACCUUUGAGCACCACUCGCUCGGCCACCUCGUCAACGGCUGGAGCCUCCUGCAGCCAUGCGGCAAGAAGACGUGCGCCGGGAUGGACUGCGAGUCGUGCUACUCGAUUCUGCACCUCGAUGAAGUAUUCUUGAACUCGUACCCGCAAGCGACGCUCGGUCUUCGUCGCGACCACAACAAUCGCGCGUCGUACCUGGAACACGUUGCAUGGUGGGUGGGCGCAUCGCCAUCGAUCGAGCUCGUCGUUCCCCGCGCGCCGAUCCUCAAUGACAUGCGCUGCGUGCAUCACGUCGAUGCGUCCACGUCGACCUCGAUCGUCACGAUCACCCUCGUGCGCGCGUCGAGCACCCUCUGCGCUGCUGGGAUCACGCGCGGCUUUCGCCUUCUCUCGGUGGACGAGACGCUCAUCCAUAGCGUCCACGGCGUCGCGGCUGCCGUCACUGCGUCCAACACGCCGUUUGUCCGCUUGCACCUGCAUGCCCCGGGCGUCCCGUCGCCCAUGUCAAUUGAUGCACCAACGCUCAUGUGCGACACGUACCAAGUGACAUUCGCGCCGCUCCCGAGCCGGGGCAUUGAGCACCUCGGCGACGUCGGCCUUCGUUUCCGCAAGAUCAUGGACACGAUCUGCGUCGUCGACGUCUCGGGGUACGCUGCGUCCCGCCACGUACGCCGCGGCAGUCUUGUGCUGCGCAUCAACGGCACGCGGACGCCCUUUCUGAGCUUUGAUCGGCUCUCCGAGUUUACGGCGAGCAGCGCCUUCUUCCGACUGCCAUUGACGCUCGACCUUGUCGCGCUGCCGCAAGAAACGUACUUUAUCGACCGAGAGAAGGCGCUCAUCUCGGCGUCGCUGGCCGCGUACCAGAUGGCCAAGGUGGCCGAGCACGUACGCAUCCAUUUGCACACGCUGCAGCCGCAUGUGCUCUGCGCCCACGGCCUCGCCGACGCCUUUGACACGAGUGCCUUUGCGUCGCUCGGCCCCAACGCGCGCCGCGCGAUCCUUCCGUUCGUGGCACCCCGCAUGCUUUCGAACGUCCCGAUUCCCGCCGACAUGGUCCGGCUCCUUGGCGUGCUCAAGGCGCAUUUUGGGCGCACGGUUGCUCUGGGCAACGACGCCAUCGAAGUGUCGCUCUUGAUUGUAUACAGCUUGUGCUACGUAGAAGAAGUCUCGGUGCACCGCGAGGCGGUGCACGCGUUUCGUGAGCUGAUCAAGAUGGUGCCCAUGGCGUGCCUCCUCGAAUACGUCCUCCCGCUCGUCUCGACGCUCAAGAGCAACAGCAAGACGCUGCUGCGCGCGGCGUCGGUCUCGCUCUGGCUCGAGUUUCUCCGGCGCCUCCAAACCCAAGCGAUGCUCCUCGAUGCCGACGAAGACGAACGCAUGCCUGGCAUCUCGAUGGCCGAUAUGGACCACCUUCGGUGGCGCCACCAAGUGCUCGAGGCAGGCGUGGCCUUUGCCGAGCUCUCGUCCGACUUGGAACCAGCGGUCUCGUGCUCCGCGCGGCAGCACUUGACGUCGCUCGUCCAAGAGCUCAUUGUGCCCGAGCCCGCGGACAGCGUGCAUUGGUGCUGGCUCAUCCCGCUCGUCGAAGCGCUCUCCAAGGCACUCAUGCCCGACGGCCGGCUCGAUGCGCUCCACCUCACGUACCAGCUCGCACCAUGGACGUCGCCGGACCAUGCCCAUUGGCGCUGGCGCCUCGCGCUCGUCUUUGCGAGCCUCGCCAACGACGGCAACGACCUCAUUCGCAAGGUCGCAGCGCAAAAGUUUGUGUCGUUCGUCGAGUACCUCCAGAUCCAGGACUUGUCGGCGUUGUACGACGCGACGACGAUCACAAACGCGCCAUUGAGUCCGCAAAACUCGCUGCUUGAAAUGUCCGACAUUCGACACCAAAAGAAAGUCGACGACGACGACCGGCCGCGCGGCUUGUCGGCCAUCUCGUGGCUCGGGUCCGCGAGCAUCGACAGUGACGGCUCGGACUUGCGGCGGCGCUGCAUGAGCCUUGAUAGUUUGCACCAGAUCACGGCCGGCGACAGCACGCACCACGUGCUCUUUGCGCUCAUUGACGGCUACAUGAACCUCAUGCAUGAUGCACCGACCGAAAUCAAGAAGAUCGUGUGUCGCAACGUCGGCCGCGUCGCCGAGCUCUUUGGCCACGAAAUCCUCGUCAAGUUUCUCGUGCCGACGAUCCAAGACGUGAUUGCCAUGGACAUGGACGACUGCAAGUGCCACGGCAGCAGCCUCGUGUACGACUCGAUCCACCACAUUUUGACGCGGGAACUCUGUCGACUCUCGCCCCUGUUUGUCGACGACCCGGACGGGCUCGCUUGCGACGUGCUUCCGUUCCUUGUCGGCAUCCUCACCCACCCGACGCAGCACACACACAUCGUGGUCGAGAUCCUCGAAAACCUCGACUACUUGGGCUUUGCGCUCGGAAAAGCCACGUUUCUCGCAGAGCUGGGGCCUGUCCUCUGCAACGCGAUGGAAAACGCCGAGUGGAAGGUGCGCGUUGCGGUCGCGUACAACCUGGGGCCCCUCGCGCGCUGGCUCGGCGCGUCCGUCUUUAUGCAGCACUUUCAAAAACUCGUCGAGACUCUCUCGCAAGACCUCGUGUACCAAGUGCGCAACCUGGCGCUGCAGCCACUCCAGCUGCUCGUGGAGCAGGACGGGCCAUGGCGCACGUACGCCCUCGGCUUUGUCACGUCCGUGCUCGUGGCGCACGCCAACUACCAAAUGCGCGUCGGCGCGAUUUUGUGGUUUGCGGCCGUGCGGGAGCAUGUUGACGCGGACGACCAAGCCACGUACGUCGUACCGGCCAUCGAAGCGCUGGCGACGGACGCGGUCGCUAACGUUCGUGUUGUCUGCGCACGGGAGCUGCACACGCUGCCGCUGCCCGAGGAGGUCCGCAUGUCGCUCGUCGCUACCUUUUGCGCCGAUGCCGACAUGGACGUGCAGUUCUUUGCCAAGGACACGUAG